AUGGCCUCGUCGGCCUACGAUUCGCUCCGCCAGGACUCGCCGCGGCCCGGCAACCGCGCGCCGUCCACCGGCGAGGCCGGCGCGGCCGACGACGCGUGGCAGAGCGUGUCGCGGACCUUCUUCUUCAGCGUCAUCGCCGUCAUGAACCAGGUGACCUUCGGCUACGACGUCGGCGCCGUGUCCCAGUGCCUCGUGCCCAUCCAGAAGACGUUCCACCUGACGACGUUGGAAGUGGGCGCGGUGACGUCGGCGCUGAACUACUUCGCGGCGGGCGGCGCGCUCGUCGUGAGCGGGUUGCUCCUGGACCGCAUCGGCCGGCGGGGGUCUUUGCUGGUGGCCGCGGGGCUGCUGAUUCUAGGCGGCUGCGUCGUCGGCGGCGCCUGGAGCUUCGAGGCGCUCGUCGCGGGCCGCUUCGUGCAGGGUCUCGGCGUGGGCGCGUCCUGGGCGUCGUCGGGCAUUUAUGUGACGGAGAUCGCGCCGAGCCACAAGCGCGGCGCGCUCGUGUCGCUGGUCGACUCGCCGCGGUGGCUGCUGGCGCGGCGGCGGGACGACGAGGCGCGCGUCGCCGUGCGGAAGCUGAGAAGAAGGGGCGCGCCGGAGGCCACCGUCUCCGACGCCUUCGACGCCCUGCGGCGGCAGCGCGACGCGCACGCCGCGGGCGACGACGUCGUCGAGGGCACGUGGGCCGGCGCCGCGGCGUCGAAGGAGGGGAAGUACGCCGCGUUAUUGGGCGUCGCGCAGCAGGCGACGGGCACGGAGGCCAUCCUCUACUUCGCGCCGACGGUGCUGCCGAAGCACAACCCCUUCGACGCCUUCCUGGGCAACGUGGGCAUCGGGCUGGCCAAGUUCGGCGGGGAAGUGGUGGCGUCGUACCUCAGCGACAGCCCGCGGCUCGGCCGCCGCGCGAUGAUGGUCGGCGGCAACGUCGGCGUCACGCUCGGUUUAUUGGCCUUCGGCGUCCUCGUGCGCGGGCCCCCGGGCCACACGGCGGCGUUGAUUGUGGCGCUGUCGCUCGUCAUGCUCUCGUUCUCGCUGGGACCGGGCCCGUUCACGACGGUCUUCGUCAACGAGGUCGUCCCGACGCGCAACCGGGCCAAGUCGAGCGCGCUGUCCUGCUUCCUGAACCGCAUCACGUCGGCCUGCGUCGCCCUGUCCUUCCUGCCCCUGUCCCAGGCGUGGGGCGCGUCCGCGGUCUUCUUCUCCUACGCGGCCGUCGCCGCGGCCUGCACGGGCCUCUACGCGGCGACGCUGCCGGACACGCUCGGCAAGUCCCUGGAGCAGAUCGGCGCCCAGGCGGGCGAGGCGGGGCUCGUAUAG